UGCAUGUGGACAAAUUCCAGUGCCUUUCGCCCAGGGAGCUGUGCGACUUUGACGACAUCGCCACCUACCUCUUACUAGAUUGCUACCUCGGCUUCCGAACUCACAAAAUGAACACUCGUUUCAGGAAACUGCGAGGCAACCCCAGAAUAUUCAACAAAGUAGUAGCUGAAUUCAUCUCCACUCAGGACAAAUCACGUGCUCUUAACAUACUCAUGUCUGCCCCAUGGGUCGACGACAAGUUCAGACUCAAGGGAAUUGAUAAACGGGAGCUUUGUCGAGACUACCUUGCCAUGUUCAUCGACAUCUAUCAGCCAGACGCUGGAUUCGAAAUCCAGCCUUGUGACCGAUACUCAAUGGACAAAAACUGUGGUGCUAAAAUAGUGGUGACCAAAAGCUGGUUCGCAAAAGAAACAAUAUCCACUCUGAAAGGGGUUGUGGCCAAUUUAGACAAGAGCGACGAAGAGAGUAUUCUAGUUGCUGGUCAGAAUGAUUUCAGUGUUAUGUAUUCAACUAGACGGAAAAGUGCGCAGUUAUGGUUGGGUCCAGCGGCAUUCAUAAACCACGACUGCGAGCCAACGUGCAAGUUUUCAGUCACAGACUCUGGACAUAUCACUAUAGUGGCUUUGCGUCAGCUAAAACCAGGAGACGAGGUGACCUGUUUCUACGGCAAAGGAUUCUUCGGCGAGAAUAAUGAAAACUGUGAAUGCAUAACAUGUGAACAAAUGAAAUCUUUUCAGCAGGAAAAAGGUCAAGAAAAUGUGAGCAGUAGUUCAGAGUCAGUGUCCUCAGAUAGCUCUAGCAGGAAAGCAUACCCAGUAAGGAAGAACAGAGGAUCUAAAAGUGUGUAUUAUGGGUUCUUCGAAUAACUCAUUAGCGAGAAAAUGGACUCUUUUUGAGGGGCUUUGGGCUCUUUUCGAAACAUAAGUUAGAAAUUUUCUCUCCAUUCUUGGAUAUUUUUUACUGUUUGCUU